AUGAGGGAGUCAGCGCCUAUUAUAGAGAGUAAAUUUACCGAUAGUAACACAAAUAAAAGAAAGAAUCUGGAGUGGAUUAGAGUACAAAAGAGUCUUAAGGAACUCACUGGGAAAUCCAGAGAGUUCACCCAGUUAAAGGGUUUCUGGAGACGAACAAAAGUGGCUGCAAAGAAAUCUGUGGCACAACAUAAAAGAGCUUUGCAAGCUACUGGUGGUGGACAAAGGCCAACAUCGCCAGGUGAUGAUCACCUAAAGAUAAUGGAACUCUGCCCAACAGAUUUUGUUAAAGAAGAAAAUCUUUAUGACAGCGAUGCGGUCCCACAACACGGUGAAGUUAUAGUUCUUGGAGGAACUGAAGAGCAAAACAACACAUUGUAUGAUAUAGACGAGGAUGAAAUUCUACCAGCAGAGGAACCAGCUGAACAGCAAAUGAUUACAGUGGCAAAUGUGCAUAGCGAAGAGAUUGAUAUCAAGAUGCCUGAAUGCAGCAAAAAAACACAAAUGAUGUUUCCUCCAAAGGUGGACAAGAAACAAAUUAGAGAAAAGAAAACAAAUAAGUUGGCUGGCAAGGAAGCUUUAUUAAGAAGCAAUAUAGAAUUUAAGGAACGGGCUUCAGCAAUGUUGGAAGAAGGACAUUAA